AGUAAGUUUCUGCUGUUCGGGUAUUUCUUCCGUAGCUACUACCAAGGUAGAAAGUGGAGAUAUUCUAUUCUUUCUUACUCUGGGAAUCUGGAUGCGACUUUGCACUUAUCAUCACUCGCGGUCCAAGUGCCAGUAAGCUGAGCAGUCGAUCGCAAUACAGACACAAACACAUUAUUCUUCUCGUGGUGCAGAAAGGAGAUGUCACCUCGCAGUAAGCUGACGAUUUCGAUCUUCGUCCCAAUCUCCAUUUGUGCACCCAUCUCCGGAUGGAUAACGAUCUGCAGCACCUUCCUGUCCACCACGUCGCUCCAUCGGGUCGAUGCGCCCGUUGUACAGCAGAUGCAUGGUAGAUACAGUACGACACGUGCGAUCAGCUCGUAUAUCAUUUGUUUGUGCUUCCUUGUGCUUCCUUGUGCUCGUGGCUCCACCAGAUUUGGGGGCUGUGAACGGGUAUCAACCUCCACUUCACUGGCCUCGCUGCUGGCUGCAGGGAUCACGAGGCUGCCCUGCAAGACAUCUAAAACAAUCACCUUCCAGCGCACGCCCAGAAAAAGUAUCCGAGAGCACGCAGCAGCUGUGCCGCUGCGCCACCGUUUCGUUCCUUCGUUUGUCUAUCGCAAUACGUACCGCUUCCUCCGGCAGUUGUGGGUUUCUUAGCAAGUCUUUCCGCAGUUCGAUUUUAGGGUCGCUGCUUUUGCGAGGUGGGUUGGAAUGGUUUGAUGUUGCAUCUGACCAUUCGUAACCCCAGAAUACGAAAGGACGAACACGCCAGGAACCGAUGGAGGAAGGCUGAUAUCACAAUCGAACCUUUCUUUGGUGUCACCAUAGCUUCGUCUGACGAUUAGCUCUUACUAUCUACAUCUUCUUUGUCUUCAAACA